AUGACAUUGGCGGAGUGUGUUCCAUCGGAGAAGAUUCGACAAAUUCCACAUCAAGUUUAUGUGAUCAUUGAACAGGACACAGGACGCAUAGAAGGUGCCUACUGCACAUGUUUUGCAGGAUUGGGACAAACCUGCAAUCAUGUUGCCGCACUUUUGUUUAAAGUGGAUGAUGCAUGGAAGAGAGGCAUAACCAAUCAAGCCUGCACUUCAUUGCCAUGCAUUUGGAACAAAUAUGGGUCAACUAAAGAUAUAGCUCAACCAAAGAGAAUACAAGAGAUGAAAUGGAAAAAACAUCAUUACAAAAACACAGAUGAUGAAAAAGUGGAGAAUCCCACAGUAAGGCAGCUCUUCACUCCACAUGCCAGGAAAGCUGCAGGGGCCACUCUGCAGAAACUUCGAGAUGCACUGGCAGUCAUGCCGGCAGAGGGAAAGGGGAAGUGGAUACAUCCGACUUCAGUGCGGCUCAAGAUCAUCCCUCACUUUGAAGUGUUGUCAUCCGCCGCCUGCAGACGCUGUUGA